UUGGGUUUGUCCGCAGCGCUAAUUAAUUUUUCCAAAGGCUGGGAGGGCUUCACUCCAGCCCAGGAUCUUGCUGCUGCCGCCACCACCAGCCCUUCGCCUCCUCCUCUUCUGCACUGCACAGACCAGUCGCUGGGGCCCCUCCACUGCAAUAAAAUGUUUGACGGCUCCCUCCUGCCUCUCUUAUUUCCUUUCCUGCUGCUCUGGGGACAGGACAUCGCUACAGCCGGCGGCGCGGAGCUGGAAGUGGCCAUCCCGCAGCGAGUGGCGCUGGAGAAGAUCCACCUGCUGCAGCCGGCCGGGGCCGGGCACGGGAGCAGCCCCCGGCGCCGGCGCUCGCCGCCCGAGGAGGAGGCCGUGCUGCUCCGCCUGGCUGCCUCCGGCCGGGAGCUCUACCUGCACCUCCGGCGGGACCUGCACUUCCUCGCGCGGGGCUUCGCGGUGGAGGAGCCGGGAGAGGCCCGGGCCCGCCGCCGCCCCCCGGCCGAGCAGCUCUGCUUCUACACGGGCCACGUGCUGAACAGCAGCGACUCCUUCGCCUCCCUCAGCACCUGCGCCGGGCUGAUUGGCUAUAUCCAGAUUGGAACAGAACAGCUGCUAAUACAACCCGUAAAUAUCUCAGAGACCUCAUUCAGUGGAAGAGAGCAUUUCAUCAGGCACAAACGAGCCUCAAAAUCCACCUAUUCUGCUAAGUCCCAGGUCCCUGCCGAGCACUGCAAAGUCGUAUCAGAAAAGAAGAGACAAAAGAAGAUGAAACCAGCAAAUGACUGGCGAGAGCGAAGAAAUGCCAUCCGACUCACCAAUGAGUAUACAGUAGAAACCCUGGUAGUGGCUGAUGCUGAUAUGGUGCAGUACCAUGGAGCUGAGGCAGCCCAAAGGUUCAUCCUCACAGUUAUGAACAUGGUGUACAAUAUGUUUCAGCACCAGAGCCUCGGAAUUAAAGUCAGCAUUCGAGUGACCAAGCUAGUCCUCCUUCGAAACCGUCCUGCAAAACUGUCCAUUGGGCACCAUGGAGAGAGGUCUCUGGAGAGUUUUUGUCACUGGCAAAAUGAAGAGUAUGGUGGAGCAAAGUAUCUUGGUAAUAAUCAGGUUCCUGGUGCAAGAGAUGAUACCCCUCCUGUGGACGCUGCUGUCUUUGUUACCAGGACAGAUUUCUGCGUACACAAAGACGAACCCUGUGACACAGUGGGGAUCGCUUACCUGGGAGGUGUAUGCAGUGCCAAGAGGAAGUGUGUCCUUGCUGAAGACAAUGGUCUCAAUCUGGCAUUUACCAUAGCACAUGAACUUGGGCACAACAUGGGGAUGAGCCAUGACGAUGAUCAUUUGUCCUGCGCAGGAAGAUCUCACAUAAUGUCUGGAGAAUGGGUGAAGGGCAGGAACCCCAGUGACCUUUCUUGGUCUUCCUGCAGCCGUGACGACCUUGAAAACUUCCUAAAGUCCAAGGUGAGCACCUGUUUGCUGGUAACAGACCCCCGAAGCCAGUAUGCCCUGCGGCUUCCUCACAAGCUGCCAGGGAUGCACUACAGCGCCGAUGAACAGUGCCAGAUCCUAUUCGGGACCAAUGCCACUUUCUGUAAGAAUAUGGAGCAUUUGAUGUGUGCUGGGCUGUGGUGCUUGGUGGAAGGAGACACGUCUUGUAAAACCAAGCUGGAUCCCCCUCUGGAUGGCACAGAAUGUGGCACAGACAAGUGGUGCCGAGCUGGGGAAUGCGUCAGUAAAACUCCCAUUCCUGAGCACGUCGAUGGAGACUGGAGCAUGUGGAGUCAAUGGAGCAUGUGCAGCAGGACAUGUGGCACCGGUGCCCGAUUCAGACAGCGGAAAUGCGACAAUCCCCCCCCUGGGCCAGGAGGCAAGAACUGCCGGGGAGCCAGUGUGGAACACACAGUUUGUGAAAAUUUACCCUGCCCUAAAGGAGCGCCUAGCUUCAGGGACCAGCAGUGCCAGUCUCAUGACAGAUAUACCAACAAGAAGAAAAGCCUCUUGACAGCUGUCAUCAUUGAUGAUAAGCCGUGUGAACUCUUCUGCUCUCCUCUGGGGAAGGAGUCUCCUGUGCUGGUGGCAGACAGGGUUCUUGAUGGUACUCCAUGUGGGCCUUAUGAGACUGACCUCUGCGUACAUGGCAAGUGCCAGAAAAUCGGCUGCGAUGGGAUCAUUGGCUCAGCUGCCAAAGAGGAUCGUUGUGGAAUCUGCAACGGAGAUGGCAAAACCUGUAAAGUGGUGAAAGGAGACUUCAACCACACCAAGGGGAUGGUAACCAAUAGUCAUUGUAAGAAGGUUUCCACGUGUGUGAUGGCAAAGGCAAAGGCUGUUCCCAAGUGUUUCUCGUGUUAUAUUGAAGCAGCUGUGAUCCCUGCGGGUGCUCGACGGAUCCGAGUGGUGGAGGAUAAACCUGCCCACAGUUUUCUGGCUUUAAAAGAUUCCAGUAAGAGAUCCAUUAACAGCGACUGGAAAAUUGAGCUUCCUGGUGAGUUUCAGAUCGCAGGCACUACUGUCCGGUACGUGCGAAGGGGUCUAUGGGAGAAAAUGUCUGCCAAAGGACCAACUAAAAUACCACUGCACUUGAUGGUGCUGUUAUUUCACGACCAGAAUUAUGGAAUUCAUUACGAAUACACCAUUCCUGUCAACUAUACCGCCGAAAACAGAAGCGAGCCAGAAAAACAACAGGAUUCUUUGUACAUCUGGACACACAGCGGAUGGGAAGGAUGCAGUGUGCAGUGUGGAGGAGGUGAACGUAAAACCGUUGUGUCCUGUACUAGAAUCGUUAACAAGACUAUGAUGCUGGUGAAUGACAGUGACUGCCAGCGUGUGAUGCGCCCUGAACCCCAAGUCAGGAGAUGUAACACACACCCCUGCCAGUCACGGUGGGUGACAGGCCAUUGGAGUUCUUGCUCUGCCACCUGCGAGAAAGGCAUCCAGUACCGGGAAGUGACUUGUGUUUAUCAGUUGCAGAAUGGCACCUAUGUUAACACCAGAGACUUCUACUGCUUGGGCAACAAACCCACACCAAUACAAAGCUGUGACGGCCAGGACUGCCUUUCUAUCUGGGAGGCUUCAGAAUGGUCAAAGUGCUCAGCGGAUUGCGGCAGGGGAAUCCAGAAGAGAACAGUAAUGUGCACGAAUUCUCAAGGGAAAUGCGAUGCAGCCACCAGGCCAAGGGACGAGGAAGAGUGUGAGGAUCACACAGGCUGUUAUGAGUGGAAAACAGGGGAUUGGUCUAAGUGCUCCUCAACCUGCGGGAAGGGCCUCCAGUCACGUGUGGUGCAGUGUAUGCACAAAGUCACCGGCCGGCAUGGCAACGAGUGCCCUGUCCUAUCCAAGCCAGCAGCCUACAGGCAGUGUCACCAAGAGGUCUGCAAUGAGAAGAUAAAUGUCAACACAAUUACCUCGCCCAGACUUGCUGCUCUCACAUAUAAGUGUACAGGAGACCAGUGGACAGUGUACUGCAGGGUGAUCCGUGAGAAGAACCUGUGCCAGGACAUGAGAUGGUAUCAACGCUGCUGCCAGACAUGCAGAGACUUUUACGCAAACAAGAUGCAGCAGAAGAGUUAAUGAAUUGGUGCUGCCGCUUAGGGUAUUACAGCUAUUUCUAUGUAAAUCAUGAACUAGUAGCUCUGAGUACUGGAACUUAAUGAGUUGCUACAAUGUGGUGGAUUCCAAAGCAUACCUAAUAAGACUUGAAACUAAUUCUGCAGACUGGAUGUACCAAAGUAAUCCACUCAUCCACCUUAAAAAGAGUCAUCUCAAGGAGCCAAUCACGUAGAAUUUUAUUGUGUUUUGACAUCAUUACAUUUUUCAUUAAUGCUUUUUACUUUAAUAUAUUAUUACCAGCCACUGGAUGGCUUGCUACCAUUUGAAAAAAAAAAAAAAAAAGACAAGAGUUGCAACGUGAUUAAAUUGACUAAAGUCAUGUGUACCUCAGUGGGAGAAAGCCUCUGGCAAAUAACUCAGCAAACGUGCAGACAUUACUUAAUGCUUCAACCUUGGCUUCCAUCUGAUGCUCUUAAUUCCCAACAGUUAGCAUGCUGUGGGGUGGGCUUGGAGGGACACACACAGAUGAAAUGCUUAAUUUAAAAGGGGGUUUUGCUAUAAAAGCUUGUGAAAACCGAUAGCAGAGGAUGGAUGUCUCUGAAAUUUCUGCAGAAAGCUCAGCACAGUUUUAUCCAACAUUCCAUUUAAUGUAAUUAGAAAAAAAAAAACUAAUUGGGAAUUCCUUCUCCUGUCUGGUUCUGAAAACAUAUCCCCCUCUCUUUAUUUAAAAAAACAUGUGUUUUCUUUUAUGGUGCCUUACUCUCCUCAAUGAGUUUAAAGAAAUGGAAGCUAAUUAACCCAGGAGCAGACAGUUAAUUUUAAGCCAGAACCACUUGCAUGAGAUGGAAGUAGCUGGAAAUCAUUUAAACUUAUACAGUUUGUUGGGGAGAGGUUGUUUUUAACCUCCUCUUUCCAAUUUUUGGAAUUCGAUCUGAUAAUGAGACAGAAUGCUAUUUCUUAAGGGUAUUGUGAAACCAACUAGGGUUGGCACAUACCCGAAACAGAGAUCAGAACAGCAUUUGCAGGAAGGGUAACUUAGAGACCAAGCAGAUCUUUCCCCUCUCUAGGAUGUAUACAUCAUAAAUCCUUUUGAGACAGAAAGGGAGCAGUUAGUAGACUUUCAGGGUGAAAUUCUGAGCUAAUUGAAGCCAAAAUGGCAAAACUCCUAUUGCCUUCAGUAGGGCCAGGGUUUCACACUCAGGCUAUGCCUACACUGGCAAUUGAACGACAAAACUUUUGUCUUUCAGAAAAAAACAACCCAAAAGACAAAAGUUUUGCCAGCAACUAGCGCCAGUGUGAACAGUGUGCCAGACUCUCCUGCCAACGACGCAAACACCGCUUGUUGGGGGUGGAAGUGUUUUGUCGGCAGGAGAGCCGAGAAACAGCGGCUACACAGUGCGACUUUUAGCGGCACAGCUGUAGUGAGACAGCCAUGUCGCUAAAAGCUGUGUAGUAUAACUGUAGCAUCAGUCUUGUUUCCGUUUGCUUUGUUACCUUGUGUUCCUUUAAUCAGGACAGUUGGAGAGUGCUGUGUAAAUGAUAGUGCCUUACAUGUGUCUAAACUUCAGACCGAAUUCUUCCCUGAGAUUUAAAUGGGAGCUCCACACAGGGCAGAAUUUGGUUUAGUGAGUGUUACAGUCGAUCAAUGUCUCGCUGCCAUAUCUAACUCAGGCUAUGUGUAUGCUACAGCCGGAAUCCACGCACUGAGAUCGAUCCACCGGUGGUCAAUUUAGCAGGUCUAGUGAAGACCCACCAAAUGGACAGUAGAUCACUCUCUAGUCAACCCUUGUACUCUACCCCCAACGAGAAGAGUUAGGUAAGUCGACAGGAGAGUUUCUGCCGUCAACCCCUCACGGUGUAGACCCCACGGUAACUCAACCUAAGGUAUGUCGACUCCAGCUACGUGAAUAACACAGCUGGAGUUGCGUAGCAUAGGUCAGCUUAGUGUAGACAUAGCCUCAGACGCGUAUCCUUUCCCUUGCCAAGCUCCGCUGCCAUGCGUGCCGUGGGUAGGUUACACUCACGCUCUGUGAAAUCAGCCGAGCCUUAUGGGUGAAUUAUAGGUUUAUACUCGCUUUAGAGACAUAUGUUAAUAUUUAUGAUUUUGGAGAUGGGCACAGAACAAAACCCAGUCCCCGGCACUAAACAUUGGGAAAGUCUGGAUCCGAAUGUGGGCAUUGUGGCUCAUGCCUCUCUCUCGUGUUAUUGCUACUAUUGCCUUCCUUUAAUGUGCCGAGGGAUAAAGGCAUUUAGUACUUAACAUUUUUAAACAACAUUUUCUCCCUUAUUAAGACUGUUCCAGUAUCCAGGAGCUCAGUGAAAUAAUUUGUUAUGGCUUUAUUAAGGGCUGAGCUUUCAAACAUAGGAACCUAAGUUCCAUCUGCAGACAGGUAACUGCAUAUGCAUCCACAUUUGCAUGGGCAAAAUGUGUCCUUGCUUGUGCAACUGGGCUUGUGCACCCAAGUGCUGAUCUGCACGCACAAAGGCACAUUUGUGUACACAAUUACCUCUCUGUAAGUGCUUGGCCCUAACAGAUCUGUGUUCUGCAUACUAGAUAGUUUUUGUGUGUGAGGGAAAUGAUUCUAAUUUGGUGGUGGUUAUACCGGUGGCCCUUUGGGUAAGUUCCUUUUAAAAUCAGAAUUAAACCUUUUCCUCCUACUUCUAACCUUGGGUCCAAAUUCAGAGGUGACAUAGUUGGUUGUGUAAGUUACCACAUAGCAUAAGUCAGUAUAAAAUGGUGUAGUUAAUGCAGAAAGAGAGGUGGGGGGAAUGUAGCUGAUUGACAGUCAUGGUAUAAAAAACAAAAUUGACAGACUAGGCAGAUAAACAGGUAAUGAGAAAGUGCAAGAAGGUAUGAGAUCAAGCAGAGAGCGCCUGCUUUACCUUAAGAAUGCCUGUUAGUUUUUCCUGCUAUACUCUCCCCAUUCAGUCCCUUGACAUGUAAGUUACACCCCUUUACCCCAGCCUACUGACAUGCCCCUCACUCUGCCAUUCACGGCCCCCAUUGUAAAGUGAUUUGCAUCCCUGUUAGGGUUUGGGAUUUUCUUAAAGGGUAAGAUUUCAGCUCACAGUGUGGCUUGACUCUGUGCAAUGCCACAUCCUUGCAUGCCGUUUGACAGCAUGUUACUUGUGUUGUUUUAUGCUGUCAUGUGAUUUACCCCAAGACCCUUUCAUUCUGUUCAGAGUGAUAAGAAAUGGAUUUCUUAAGUAGUGGGAGUUUUUUCACCUCCUCAAGGCCCUGAUCCAGCCCCCUCUGCAGUCAAUAGAAAUACUCCCAUUGACGUCAGCGGGGUUUGGGGCCAGGCCCCAGUUUGCGUCCAUAUAAUGAGACAUGAAUCUGCUGGUUUAAUGGAUGGAUUUCUUUUGACUGAGCAAAAAUGUCAUUUAUUUCUGAGCCGAAAUCCUCCUACGUUAAAAACAGAGCCCCAUUUGUAUUACUUGAUCUCCUGAUGACCCUAAAUCCCGUCCCAUUUUGUAAGGGCCAAAACUAUCAACAAAAAUGUUUAAUUCUGCACUUUUGCUUUGUAUCAUUUUAUAGACGCUUUUACUAUGAAUUUACAGCUACGCUCUCUCCUCAGUUACUACAUACCAGUGAAAAGAAAGCUGUUUAUUUCAGUGUAGCCAUGACGAUAUUUUUUUUUUGUUCAUAAGAGAUUGACGCUCUUUGAUUACAGUGGUGGUAUUUCCAUAUUGUAAACAAUACUCUCUGUACUGUUACUAAAGUACUGUACAUUUCUAGUUGCACAGUUGUGUUACGGAGUGUAGAUUCUCACUAUCUUAUGUAUGGUGCUAUUUCUGUGUUGUUGGUGGAAAAGAAAUCUUAGCAGUUGAUUAUUGCUUGAUAUUUUAUUAUAAUACAGGGAUAUAUCCUCCAUGGCAAUAAUAGCAUUUAAGGUUCUCAUUACAGAGUGAAAUGUAUAUAUUUUUCCAUUAGUUAAUUUACAUAUGUACUGUAUCCAUGGUUUAAAAAAAAAUUGUGCUGGCUAUAAAUAGAAAAAAAAAGUCAAGCAGAAUGGAACUAGUUGUAAAUGAAAAUCAAAAAGAGAGGAUUGUUCCAUUCUGAAACAGAUUGAAUAGGUUUAAUAGUAAAUUAAUUUUUCCAUAACAAUCUUAUAAGGUUUAUGAACUUGAAAAAAUGCAAAGCAAAACCAAACAGCUAACUGUGAAAAUAAAGAAGUAGUAAGUCUGUAAGUAACACAUGGUGCAUCUGUCUAAUACUUGACUGAGACUUGGAUUCAGAUGAGUCCAGGACCCACCAUUGACAUCUGUGGUAGGUGUAAAAGGUCAUUUGUCAGUGAAAUACUGGCAGCUUGGGAUUCCCAGGGUGCUAACAAAUCAUGAACUGAUGGGUCUCGUCUCAAUGUGGUUGCAAAAUAACAUACAGGGAAUGUUAAUAUGUAGCUAAUGCCAAGUGAGUUCUUUGGUCGGUGACACACAACAGAAGAAAAUGCCUGGCUGGAAAAACUGAUCUAGGCUCCAUUUGGGGGAAGCUGCAUAGGUCUUUGGAGUCUGUUGGGAGGAUAAAGCUUUUGCAUGGGGGGAGGGGGUUUUAUAAGCACAUUUCAGAGAGUUUUCUUUCAAUGUAUCUUAGACUCAAGGUCAAGUGGCAGCCACACUGUAUGUUUAAUGGUAGCUGCCGCACAGACGCAGCCUUAUGAUGAAGGUUGCUGAGCAUGUGGAAAUUCUAUUGGAGUAAAGAUGAUCCCAUCCAUUUGA